UCCAGCAGUUAUGUGAGGAUAGGGCAUGCUUAGCUUGCGUUGAAUAGCAAUUGCUGUGGGUGUUCCCUAACGAUGAGCUACCUUUUUCAGCAAAGCUCUCAGCAACCGUGGCCCAGUGAGCUCAACACUGCUCGCCAGGGCCCUGGCUUGGAGCUAAAGGAUAAAAUAACAGUUGAAUACAUAGGUGAUCCACGCCGCGACGUGGGCGCAAUACAGGCAAACCACCCGGUCCCUUCAAACUGCACAGUGUACUAUUACGAGUUCACCAUCUUGGACCAAGGCCUCUACGGCAAAAUCGCCAUCGGCUUUGCAGAUAAGAACUUCAAGCUCACACGGCAACCUGGGUGGGAAGACAACUCCUACGGCUAUCACGGAGAUGACGGCAAGAAGUUCAUAGGGAACUCCCAUGGAGAAGACUAUGGUCCCACCUUUGGUACGGGCGACACGGUGGGUGCGGGUAUUCACCUCGGCAGACAGGAGCUCUUCUUCACCAAGAACGGCACCAAGCUCAAGCUGGCUCACCGGCCCAUGCGAGCCGGCCUCUACCCCACCAUAGGCCUGCACAGCAAGGGGGAGCGGGUGCAGGUCAACUUUGGUCACAAGCCCUUUGUGUUUGAUCUGGAGGGCAUGCUGGCGGAGGAGCGGUCAGCCCAGCGUGCGGCAGUGGAGCGCAUGCCGUUGUCCCCCGCCGCCAGCCACCAGCUGGUACGACAGUACCUGCUGCACUACGGCUACCAGGCCUCACUGGGGGCCUUCGACGAGGCGGCGGGGCUGGCGGCAGCAGCAGCAACACCGGAAGGAGCAGCAGCAGCAGUAUCAGCACCACCACCUACGUCCUCAGCAGCAGACGCUGCCGCUGCCGCCGAUGUGGCCAGCUCGUCGCUGCCGCUGCGCUGCCGCCUGCGUGCUGCCAUCCAGGGGGGCGACGUGGACGGUGCGGUGGCGCUGCUGGCGGCGCACUGUCCGGCGCUGCUGCGGGGGGAGGAGGAGGCGGGGCGGGGCUACGGGGAUGUGCACUUCCAGCUGGCUUGUCAGAAGUACAUAGAGCUGGUCAGGUGCGCUCGCGUGGAGGAGGCAGUCCAGUUCGCGCAGGCCACCCUCUCCCACCUGGGCGGCCCCUCCUGUGCGGCGCUAGCAGCCCCCCUGCGGGACGUGGUGGCGCUGGUGGCCUACCAGCAGCCCGAGAGCUCGCCUCUGGGGCACCUGCUGGGGCAGCGACAGCGCGAGGCGGUCGCGGAUGCGGUGAACGCUGCCGUACUGGCCGUACUGGCGGAGCAGCAGAGAGUACGACAGGAGGGGGCGGUACGGCAGGGGAAGCAGGAGGA